AUGCUUUGGAAUAAAACUGCUAUUCAGGCGGCAAAGUUUCCUUUAUGUCUGGAUUUGGCUUUGUUUGCAUUUUUGAGAUGCAUGUCAUUUCUUCUUGUAGAAGAGGUAAAUGAUCUUUUCGACGAGAUGCCGAGUGACAAGGCCAAAAAUGCAUCAAAACUGACAUGGGUUUCACCGAUUACUCUAGUAAAGAAAAAGACCAAAAGUCUCCAGCUGUGCAUCGAAUGCAGACAGCUGAACUCAUUAAUAAAGAAGGACGCCUUUCCACCGCCCCACCUAAACGACUCUUUAGACUCCCCACACAAUUUGAAGUCUCUCCAAGUUAGAUUAAAUCGGGCUAUUACCAAGCAGAGAUGGGAUCAUGCGGUGAGAAGCACUUCAAAACGCGGGGUGCUUGCUUUCUUCGCUCGUUGUGUGGCCCCGAGAUGUUUCUCGCCAACCUCACCGGCCAACCCUUCCCCUACUCAGAUGACACAUAUUAAGCCGAACUAUGGACUACUGCCCUUAUGUUGUUCUCAGCAGAACAACAUUGAUCAGUCUACCAAGGGACUGCCACGUGAAUGUUAUGGUCCCUUUACAGCAAUUGAGUUGGAUUCAUCCCUCACCGUACCCGUCCCGGAACAUGUGAAGACUUCUCAAAUGAUAAACCCAUCUGCAUCGAAUUGGAAAGGUCGGUGUUCCAUGGACCCCUGGGAGAGUAUUAAGCCUAUAUGGACACCUGACGGUGGUGAGCGUUUAGUCACGAAUGUUGCCAACCAGCGACAUACGGUGCUAUUUUCUCCACUUCAAUCGAAGUUCUGA